AUGUCUCAUUCCAGUUUCGCCGCUGCCCAAGAGCGGAUCCUAGCCCAACAAGCCGCCAGACAGCACGAAGCUCUCGCCAUCCGCCAGCAAUCAAACCUCUCAAGCGGAAGCCGUACCACUUUGACACGUCUCACACUCUCAUUACGCCCUGAACUCUCUUCCUGGUGGACAACUCUGCUCGACUCAGAAGGCACAAGGCCCGCAUUCCGAGUAGGCCAGGUGGACGCUGAACUGCUUGAUGAAGAGUUACUGGGAUUGUUCAAGACGCAGGUCGGAGAUGCUUUAAAGUAUUUAGGGCCUCAUUUUCAGGAUGACUGGUCACAAGAGAUCCUCCUCGCUCUUCGAGCCGCCUUAUUCAAACUCUCGAUAUGGGACAAUGACGCAUCUUAUGGUGCAUCCUUACAGAACCUGCGAUAUACUGAUGCCCGUCAAGCCGGACCUGCAUUACCCAAACCUACGAAAUGGCAAAAGACACUUUAUGGCCUGAUCACAAUAUUCGGCCGUUAUGGGUGGGAUAAGUGGGAAGAUUGGCUUAUUGAUCAGGAACGUGGAUAUACAGCUCCUUCAGACACUGUCCAACAUCUGAUGCGACUCACCUCUUUUGUCUCUACCACCCAUUCAAUUGCCGCCUUCAUUUCAUUUCUCGUCUUUUUGGUAAACGGCAGCUACCGCACUCUCACGGAUCGACUUCUUCGAUUGAGACUUGUUUCGCCAUCGAAUCAGGUCAGUCGUGAGGUAUCUUUCGAGUACCUCAACCGACAACUGGUCUGGCAUGCCUUCACGGAAUUUUUGUUGUUCCUUCUUCCUCUCGUGGGGAUUAGCAGAUGGAGGAGAUGGCUUUCAAGGGCGUGGAAACGAACAAAAGCAGCAAUGAGAUCAGAAGUUGGGGAAGAGGAUGAAAAUAAUGUGAAGACUGGCCCAUUGUCCUUCUUACCCGAGAGGACCUGUCCCAUAUGUUAUCAAGACCAGAAUCCCACGUCGACGUCUGAGGCCGAAAUACUUGGUGCAAAUGCUGGAGCGGGUGGCGGUGUCAUCGGCUCAGCUACCACGGAUAUUGUCAAUCCUUAUGAGACAAUCCCUUGUCGAUGUAUCUACUGCUUUGUUUGCAUUGCCACGAAGAUUGAGGCUGAAGAAGGAGCCGGUUGGUCUUGUUUAAGAUGCGGAGAAAUCGUUUACAAAUGCCGUCCAUGGAAUGGUGAUAUUCUUGUUGAGAAGAAAUCAAGCAACAAGCCAGGAAAAUCGGUUGGAUUUUCUGUCUCGAGUAAUGACAUUCCUGAAUCACAGGAGCAGUUUGUACCCGAUGAGACACUUGAAUCAACCGACUCUUUCCCCGCCUCCAGCCAGUGGUCUAUGGCAGAUGAUAAUACGAGUGAGACCUCGGAAGCUUGA